AUGGAAAGAGCAGCGCGGCUCCGGACUGUGCUGAUCCCCCUCGAUGAAGUCCGAGCUGAGUGGGAGAAGACCAGCGGCCCGUUCCACAAGCAGCGCGUGGCAGAGCACUGUGGGAUAUUUCGUGACUUGUUCAAGGGGGCCACGUUCACCCCCUGGGUUGCCCUGAGGGUGGAGUACAGCCAAGAAGAUGAGUACCUCGUGCCGGUCUACUAUGGGAACAUGGUGACUCCGUCAGAGGCUUCCCGUGCCCCUGCAGUGUCAUACGAGGCAGAUGAAGGCUCCCUGUGGACUUUGUUGCUCACAAAUCCAGAUGGACACUUAAGAGACACGGACUCGGAGUACCUGCACUGGCUGGGGGGAGUACUGACGAACAUCCCAGGCAGCGACAUCAAGUCGGGUGAUGAGAUCUGCCAUUACUUGCCCCCCUUCCCUGCCAUGGGGACUGGCUACCAUCGCUUCGUCUUCCUCCUCUUCAAGCAAGACUGCCCCAUAGAUUUCAGCGAGGAUGUUCGGCCGAUGCCGUGCCACAGCCUCAAGAUGCGAACCUUCAGCACGUUUGACUUCUACAGAAAGCACGAGGAUGCAAUGACCCCGGCAGGGCUGGCGUUCUUCCAGUGUCAGUGGGACAGCUCCGUUACUUGGGUCUUCCAUCAGCUUCUCAACAUGAGGGAGCCCGUGUUCGAAUUCGUGCGGCCGCCCGUUUACCACCCUCCGCAGUUGAAGUUCCCACGCCACCAGCCUCUGAGGUACCUGGACAGAUACCGAGACAGCGAGGAGCCCACCUACGGCAUUUACUAG